AUGAUUCUAGACAGAUUGAUUGAAGCAGUCGACAAAAAUGCCUAUUUUAUUGAGACAAAAUAAGGGCGACCAAAAUUAUUUAUAUUAAACCGUUUAAGACGUGAAUACUAAAUAAUUGACUUAAUAGAUCUUUAUAAUUUGGUAAAUAAUGGUAUAUACAAAAUUCCCCGUUCAAAAACUUUAUCUUUUUCAAUUUACAGUUAUGAAGCAAUUAAAUCAAUUGUUAUUUAAUAAAAAUAAAAAGUUAUGUUUAAUAAUAAUUAUAUCGCCUUUUAUGAAACUCCAUUUUUCGACGAUGAUUGCAACUAAAUCAUGAUUCUAUCAAAAAAUAUUUAAAAAUAUCAGGAUAUUAGUACAAAUAAUAUUAUUGUUUUCGACGAUUAUAAUAAAUAGUACCUAGCGUAUAUGAUUUAUAAAGGGAAAAAAUAUAAAAUGGCCCAUUAUCCUUAAUAUAAGUGCAUGUAUGUAAUUGAUAUUGAUAAUGAUAUUGCCCUUAUUUAAUUAAUAUUUUCUGGAGAUACUGUUACUUUAACAAAGAAACUAAAACUGAAUUAAGAUAAAUUUUAUAUGUCUGAUAUUUUCGAUUUUGGAAUUGGGAAAAAAAUAAUUUGCUUUGGGACUUCAAAUACUUGGAAAUUUUACGAUUUACUUACUUUUAAGGAAGUAGAAAUGACUCCAGAUAGUUCGUCAAUUAAAUUCGGAGAAUAUUAGGAUAUUUUGUCUUUUUAAUCAGUCAUUAUUUUUGGAAAAAUUGUAUAUGAUAUAUCUUAUGAUCAAAUUUUAAAUAAAGUUCAUUUGAUCUAAAGAAACAAUUUAAAUUAUAAAUAUUACACACUUCCUAUAAAAGACCAUAGGUUUAGAUAGUCAUUUUUAAAAGGAAAAGCUUUAAUUGCGGAUGAUAAUAAUCAUAGUGAUAAAUAUGUCUACUUAUAUUCAAUUGAAAAUAUACUUUGUAGAGAUAAUGAGCAUAUAACUAAUAAUCUAUAAUGCGUUUAAUGCAAAAGCAAUGAGUAUUUUAAAAACGAUAUAUGUGUAGGGUGCCCAUAAGGAACUUUUGUUGAAAAUAAUAUAUGUACUGCAUGUAUGCAAGGAUGUAUAUUAUGUAAUAAUAAAUCUACUUGUAUUAUAUGUGAUUAAGGUUAUUAUAUAAAUGAUUUGAAGGAAUGUAACACAUGUAAUGCGGGAUAUUAUAUAAACACAAGGAGUAAUUUAUGUGAAAAAUGUGAUGAUAAUUGUCAAACAUGUGAAAACGGAAUAGUAAAUAAUUAAUGUAUUACAUGUAAUAAUAAUUAAGUUCUUUUAUAAACUAAAAAAUGUGUCGAUAAUUGCGAUAAUAAAUAAUAUGAGGAUUUAAAUAAAAAGUGUUAGUAAUGUGAUCCUACGUGUCUUACUUGCUCGAAUUCUAAUACAUGUGAUACUUGUGAAGAAGGAUCAUAUUUGAAAAAAAGUACAUAAAAAUGCGAAUUAAUGAAUGUAAAGAAUGUUUUUAGGGACUCUAUUUAUUUAAUGGAUUCUGUAGUAAUGAAAUUUAUUGCUAAGAGAAUACUUACUUAGACGAAAAUGAGUGCAAAACUCAAUGUCCUUAAAAUAAAUUUAAAAAUCUAGAGACUAAUACAUGCGAUACUUGCCAUUCCUCAUGCAAAAGAUGCACGGAAACAGGCAAUAUUAAAUGCUUGGAGUGCGAAAAUGGACUAGCUUUGAAUGAAGAUGGUAAAUGUGAGAAUAAAAUAAUUAAAACAUAUGCUGCUACUAAUAAGUUGAUGUUUAAAGUAUAUAUUGUUGUUACUGUAUAUAUAUUUAUUGCGUGUAUAAUUUGCCAUUAUUUAGAUUACAAAUCCUACAUUAAAAAUAAAAAAUUGAAAAAUUUCGAAGAAGAAGAAUGUAAAUCUAAAAUAACGAAAUCUUAAAUAGAACCCGUAAAAGGCAAGAUUGUGGCAGAAAAUGUAAAUAAAGAAAAUUAAAGGUAAAGAUUAAGGUAAAAAUCAGAUAUUCAAAAAGCUGAAUAAUAAAUAUAAUCAUUUUAAUAAAUAGACGUAAAUUCACAAAAAAAUAAUAAUAAAAAUGAUACAAAUACAAGAAAAGGAAGUAAUUAUAUAAGUUAAAGUUAAGCUUGCCCUGAUUAAAAUACCUAAAAUAUGUCUGGAUUUAAAAAUAUCUUAGGUAAAUAAAUUAUCUAAAAUAAUACGAAUAAAAAAAACAGUACAAAU